AUGGGACCCCUACCUAGGAGUAAGGCGGGUUAUGCGUACCUUCUAGUUAUCCAGGAUACCUUCUCGAAGUGGAUCGAGUGUUGCCCUCUGCGACAUGCGAACGGGAAAAGUAUUAGUCAGAGUAUUCGCGAACAAGUAAUCUCUCGAUGGGGCGCACCAGAGGCCCUCUUAACCGACAACGGGACGGAAUUCAUAAAUCGCGACCUCAAAGCUCUAGUCGCCGAGACCGGAAUGAUCCAUAUCACUACUCCGCCGUACCACCCACAGUCGAACCCGGUAGAACGAGUCAAUCGGGUCUUGAAAACCAUGAUGGUUGCGUUUCUAGAGGAAGAUCAUCGCGAGUGGGAUAGCUACCUCGGUGACUUCCGUUUUGCCUAUAACACGGCCUACCACGCCUCCUUGCAAGCCACCCCGGCCUUUCUGAACUCCGGACGCGAGCCUAGAAUCGCGGUGCCAAGGGCCCCUACUCCACGGGGGGACGUAACCAUAGACCCCCAGACUCCACCCGCCUGGGGAGAGCGCAUGCAAAAAUUAACGCAACUUCGGGAACGCGUUGUACACAAUUUACAGGACGCAUUUCAAAAACAGGCGAAUUAUUAUAAUGCCGGCAGGCGGAAGAACCAAUUCAGGGUAGGCGACAUGAUUUUAAAAAGGCAAUUCAUCUUAUUCGCAGGCACGCAACCUUUCGCAGCUAAGCUUGCUCCUAAAUACCAUGGUCCCUUUCGAAUCACUAACCGUUUGUCUAACCUGGUAUAUGAAGUCAGUACCUUGAACGGGCAGGUGGUGGGAAAGGGCAUGUUGAAAACCUCAAACCAUACCACCCUCCUGACCAAUAAGCUUAUCUCGCACUAA